AUGGCGGUCGACUCGCCACUAGUAAUCCCUCUGACGCAAACGGCGAUAGUACAAGAUGAGAACGGCGCUCCAAAGCUAGAUCAGAAGGCAGCAGUGCCUCGUCUCGAACCAGGGACGGUGCUAGUGAAAACGACAGCCGUGGCUCUCAACCCUGCCGACUACAAGAUGGGCGCCGCAUUUCCCACGCCUGGCGCUGUAGUUGGCAUGGACUAUGCUGGCGUGGUCGUUGCCGUCCACCCCGAAACAGUGACCAGUUUGGGCGUGGGUGAAGCGGUCUGCGGCAUGGUCCACGGCUCAAACCCCACAAGCCCGGACGACGGUGCCUUUGCCGAGUACAUCCGCGUCCGUCCCGAAAUGGCGCUCCGUGUACCCCAGGGCGGGGAGGGCCGCGUACAUCUGCCCAUGGAACAAGCUGCAACGCUCGGGGUUGGCCUCAUGACCAACAUCAUGGCUCUUUGGGACUCUUCUGGUCUUUCUCUGUUGGCAAAUCCCAAAGAGCCUGCCGCAAAACCGCUCCCCGUUUUGGUUUACGGUGGCAGCACCGCGACGGGGACACUGGCGACACAGCUCUUGCGCCUAUCGGGUCUGCGGCCUGUCACGACGUGUAGUCCGCGUAAUUUUGACCUCGUCCGCACAAGGGGUGCAAUGGAAGCCCUGGACUACGUCAAUCCCACCGUCGUCGACGACGUGAGAGCAUUUGCUGGAGGCAAACUGAAGCAUGUGCUUGAUUGCAUCGGGGACUCGUCGUCGGCCGCGCUUUGCUACGCGACCAUUGGCCGAACGGGUGGUCAUUACGUCACUCUAGAGCAGGUCAGCGACGAGUUGCUCAAGUCGCGACUCGCCGUUCGAGCCAAGGUCGCGCUCGGUUAUGAGCUUUUUGGGCGUAAAGUAGCACUGCCUGGGGUGUACGGAUGCCCUGCCCAGCCAGAGAAAUCUGCCCUGGCGGCGCGUUAUCUGCCAAUCUUACAAGACCUACUGGAUAGAGGGGCGUUACGAACGCAUCCAACGCAAUUAGUUGGUGGUGAGCUCUCGGAUGUGUUGGAGGGGUUGAAAUUGUUGAAAUCAGGAUCGGUGUCGGGGCAAAAACUUGUGGUUGUUUUAUGA